AUGGAGUCCACACCAACACCGUCGCCUCUCGUCAAGCACGAGUCCGUGUCAGAUUCGUUCCCAAGCCUAUUCGGAAACGAGUCAUCAACACCGGCAACCAUGGACCCAUCAGCACUGUUCUCGACCCCAGAGCCAACGGACUCGUUCUCGCCAGAAGACUUCGCAACUCCCGGCCCCGAGGACGAUACCGCAGACUCAUCCGACAAGAAGCCCACAAAAAAGAGGAAGUCGUGGGGUCAAGUGCUACCAGAGCCAAAGACUAACCUGCCUCCAAGGAAGCGGGCCAAGACUGAUGAUGAGAAGGAGCAGCGCCGUGUCGAGCGUGUGCUCCGAAACCGCCGAGCAGCCCAGUCCUCCCGGGAGCGAAAGCGACAGGAGACUGAGGCCCUGGCACAAAAGAACAAGGACCUCGAGGCUGCCGUACUGGAGCUUCAGAGGGCCAACGCCAUGUUGCAGCAGGAGCUGAAGAAGGUCAGGCCCGACCUGGGCGGCGCGGCUGCACCAAGCAGCAACUCCAUGACCCUUUCGCAGCCUCUCUUCCCCUCCCACGAAAUCAACGGGCUCCUCCAGCCCUCCCAGGCCAGUAUGGACCUGAUCGAGGAGCUGGUCAACAAGUCAAACCAAACACCAAAGACCGUCAACCCGGCCUCCAUCUCACCGGCACUCACCCCCGUGCCCGAGGAACCCGAAUUCGAGCCCGCCACCGAAGAGCUGAACACAGCAGCUGCUCCGCGCGCUGCCGAAGCCUCCCAGACUGACAACUCCACCCCGAUGACACAAUAUCCAGCAGCGGUAUUGUGUAAUGACCUGCAGUGUCAACGGCAGGUGGAGAUGUCUCCCUCUGGUCAGGCUUCGACGCAGUCGCUGCAUCCAGCGCUGCUCAUGUUCCAACAACUCCUGUUGCUGGCGUACAGCUCUUCGACAACGCUCCUCUCCCUGUGGGAGACGCGUCCGUUGGCGAUGAUCUCAAUGUCUAUGAGAGCCUCCUCGCCUCUUCCCCCAACGCAAGUGAUCUUGACCUCGAUCAUUUCUCUGGUGACCAACAGCAUUUCGAUAUCGCCUUUGACGUCAACCAACACUUCGACGUCGACCAGUGGCUCGAGUCUAACCCAUUCGACAACGGCGACGGCGCACUCGACAACCAGCAGCAGCUCUCGCUCCAAGACCCUGCGGCUCCGAACCCUGCGCAAGAUUCUAACCUGCAACCGACAGCUGGCGCGUCCUCUUCAGGAUGCGACGCUCGAGGCAUUGCGGUUGAGUCUCACUAGGGCACGCGGUUCCCAAGGGGUCACCGAGCACGAGUCUGCGAGCAAGUUGUCGCCUCUGCCAUCGCCGGAGCGUCUCAUCGCUCUCAUGUGGGCGAUCCGGACCACGGUCAGGAGUAUUGAGAUCAAGGACCAGAUCAAGCAGAGGAAGGAGCUGCAGGAGGGACUCGCGGGACCCCGGAACAUCAACGCGUCGACCCCUAGAACAGUUUUGUUUUAUUCGUCUGACAAGUUAGCCGGGAGUAAAAGGAAAUGGGUUGGUGGAGGUGGCUCCAUCAGGAAAGAUGGCGUUCAGGGCAGGAGGUUCCGUGAUCGGGCGGCCUAG